UGGCGUGAAAGUUUAGGAGAGAAACUAGAGAAUGAAAAGUUUCAUUUGGCUGUAUUGUCAUUGGUCCUGAUUGAUGCUGCAUGUGUACUUGUACAGAUUUUUUAUACUUUCUUUCACGAAUGUCAAGUACCUGUAUUAGACGUUAAAGAGAAUCAUCUCUUGUUGGCAUUUGAAAUAGCUGAAAGUAUCAGUAUUUUUAUCUGUACCAUGUUCUUGUUUGAAUGUAUCUUAUGUCUUGUUGCUUUUGGUCCUGGUUACUAUUUGCCUGAUUAUCCUCAUUGGAAAUUACACGUCUUUGAUGCGGCAGUGGUCAGCACAACAUUUCUGCUAGAAGUGAUUCUGAGAGGAAAAGAAAGAGAAAUAGCUGGUCUGUUGAUCAUAUUUCGUCUUUGGAGAGUAGUCAAGAUCAUUGAAGCAGCAGUGAUGAGUGUCAGCUUCACUCAUCAAGAAGAAUUGGAAGAAUUAAGGGCUGCUUAUGCAGAACUAGAA